AUGUGCCGAGGACUGGAAUCACUGCCUACCACAUGUCUGGAGAGGUAUGUCUUGCCAUAAUCUCUACUUUUUAUCCCAUCACAUUUCAUGUCACUGGAUUUACAUUUUGGAUUUAUAUGGAUGGGAAUUAUUGCAUAGCUACUUCAUGGGGAAAUGGGAUGAUCAGUUGUAAGUAAGGUGUGAAUGAUUGCAUCAAUCUAAUGUAUACUUUUUCUCUAUUUUCUCAGGGCAAAGGAACUCAAAGCUCUCUUUGGAAGUUUUCUACAAAAGCCAGAUCUGAGCAUCAUCGGUCACUCAAACAAGACUGACAAACUAAGGUCAGAUAUUCUAUUUGGCUAUACAGAUUUUUUUAAAACAUAAUGAAAAUGUUGCAUGGGAAAUGUAGGAGACUUUUAGGAUACUAUGCAAAAUCAAUGCUAAGUGAUAUUGUAAUGACUGGAUGAACUAACCUGAUGCUUUUUAUCAACAGGUUAAAUAAGAGCGAGCCAUUAAAAUGGAAGGAGUCGUUUGAGAACCUGCUGUCCAACCAAAGUAAGUCUGACUCUUGCUAUGGGUUAUCAUACUUCUUAUUUCUAGAAUGAUAUACCAUACAUAAUUAGUCAUACUAUACAAGCUUACAAGUACAUAUUGUACACAUGUGUAUUGCAAACGUGGAUAGGAAAAGCCAUGUAGCUGGUACCCCACAUAGCCAGAAUACAUUACACAAAACAGCAGUAGCAGGAUGCACUCAUAAUAUCAUAUCCAAAGAUAUUAUUUGAUAUAUACACUAUAUGAAAAGCAGCUUGCUUCCACAUCACAAAUGGACACAGUUCAAAGUGAAUUGAAGUUGUGACGUGCUACGAUAGAUUCACAGAUGCUAAUGUGCAAUUCUCACCUUCCCUUUUCCAGAUGGACUGUGCUUGUUCCGAGCUUUCCUGGUGUCGGAGUUUAGCGAGGAGAACAUAGCUUUCUACCUGGCCUGUGAAGACUACAGGAUAACCAAUACCUCCUCAAAGCUAUCAGCUAAAGCUAAAAAGAUCUAUGAGGAGUUUGUCUGCAGUGACGCACCAAGAGAGGUAACUAUCAAUAUAUAUAUACAAUUAAUAAAUUAUAUCUACAUACAGAGUCUGUUUUUAGGGGAAUACGUGGAUUGGAUAUACACUGCAUAAACACAUGCACACAUACAAACACACACACACAAAAUAAUAUACUCAUUGUGCACAAACAAUACUCAAUAAAACAUUGUUUCAUGUAAAACACAUAGUAAUCAAAUGGCCCUCCUCUUCCCCCAGGUCAACCUCGACCAUGAGACCAAAGCCAUCACCAAGAAGAAUCUGGAGCACCCCAGCCAGUCCUGUUUCAGCCUGGCUCAGGAGAAGAUCUACGCCCUGAUGGAGAAAGACUGCUACCCUCGCUUCCUCAAGUCCACCACCUACCUGGAGAUCAGUCGGCAG